AAACUGACAACUUGUCAGGUCUCAUAGUUCUAAGUGGAAAGAAAUGGGUAAGGAAAAGAAAGCCGGCAAUGUUUAUGUUCCUAACAGAGAGAUAUUUCAAAGAAUCAACUAUUUAUAUCAGGCAGCCCACAUGGUGUUGAAAAACUGUCCUAGCAAUACUGAGUUAGUGAGGUUCUACAUGCAGUCUAUUAAGACAAUGGCAAAGAGACAAGUUUUGCGAUUAGAUCCAAGCAUAAAGAGGAACAUUUGUAAGAAAUGCUUUAUGCUUCUUGUCCCAGGUAUAUCAGCAUCGGUUAGAUUCAAAGCUAAACAAGAGAAACGCUGUGUGAUAAGGUGUUUGGAGUGUAACACUGUGAAGUGUUUCAUUCACAGUAAAGACUAUAAGCUGUGGGGACAGCAGCCUGAAGCAUGGAUGGAUCAGAGUCACACUAAUGGAAAGGGACCAGGCUGAAGAAACAAUUGCCACCUGUCCCAGGCAAUUAUUUGCAGAGCAGCACCAUAAUGACAUCUCUGGCUUUCAACAGAUUAUUUUCUAAUACCCAGUAUCUCGAUGGAAUGCUUAUGAAUAUGUAGGCCUAUUUAUUCUUAGAAAUCUAUCAAUGAAGGAAGCUAGGUGCUAAGGAUGUUUGGACACAAGUAAAUGCAUGCCAGAAUUUUUUUCCGGCACGACUGCAUUGGUUAACAUUGACGGUUCCACCUGUCUGGGAUACUAAGACUGAGCAUACCCCACAUCAGGCAAAGUACUCCACUGGAAUAAUUCUCUAUUGGACAGCAACAGUCAUAUGGGGUGUGUGUGUGUAUUUUUCUGUACCCUGCGACAGAUGACAUAUGCGUCUGUUUACUAGGUUAUCUCAGAUUGUUUGGCUGUGAAAACAACAGAAUGAUGUCGCUGAAGCAGUUUGCUGAUACAUCAGCCUUCUGAUUGGCCUGUUGCAUAAUAAAUAAGCCGAAUCAGCAUUUCAGGAGUCUGGUGACUUCUUGCAAGUUUGAAAGAAAAAAUGCAAAAGUACUCACAAACUAUUGCAGCUAGAGGCGUGAUUUUACAGUAGUUGUUUGAAUAUACAUGUACAUCUCACGUACACGGCUCAGUGGCACGGGUAGCUUAGCACCUACUGUAAACUCAGUGUUAGUUUGCGAGAACCCCUACCUUAUCUUGUCAAAACCUGCAUGAACUUGAGAGACUCCUGAAAUGUCAGUUCGGUUUAUGUGUUACAUGAUCACUUAGUAUGGAGUAUACAAGUCAAUAAAUCAUUAUUUUGGGCUUGGCUGAUGUGUCGCCCGAUGAGGGUUACCAACACCAUAUUUUCUGUAGCCUAUCACUGAGUAACUAAUAAUGAUAAGAAACAUUUCAUGGAAUGUACCUGUACACUGUUAUUGAUUUGAUGAUACAACAUGUAAGUUAUUUAAUGUACUAGCCUCUUUAUUUUCGUAUUUGUGGAAAAACAGGAUACAGAUAUGUUUCCACAUUUUUAUUUUGUACCUUUGAAAACAUCUUGUACACAUCAACUGACUAUCAGUGGUAAAGCCUCGAGAAUAUGAUGUCAGCCUGGAGAUGUAUUUAAAAUUAAGAUCAUAAAACCACUUUUCUCUGGAAUGUCACACCUAUGAAUGAUAAUGUAGACAUACUAAUAAAGCAGCCAUAGUAUAUUAUUAUUAUUGCUAUUUCCACUAUAAGUGGUUUGCUGAUACAUCAGCCUUCUGAUUGGCCUGUUGCAUAAUAAAUAAGCCGAAUCAGCAUUUCAGGAGUCUGGUGACUUCAUGCAAGUUUGAAAGAAAAAAUGCAAAGGUACUCGCAAACUAUUGCAGCUAGAGGCGUGAUUUUACAGUAGUUGUUUGAAUAUACAUGUCCAUCUCACAUACACGGCUCAGUGGCACGAGUAAGAGGGGCUCGUGAAAUUAAAGUGAGGGAGCUAAGCCACCACCCCUUCCCCCGAAGUAAUGUACAGACCAAACGACAUCAGCUGAGUGGUUUGUAUAAAAAUGCUUCAUAAAUAAAGGGCAACGUCCAGUGUAUCCCAGAUUUAUCCGUUUUUUCACCAGAAAUCGCCUAAAAUGCUGGCAUACUACUUCUACUGCCUCAUCUCCUUUAUACAUACAUGUAUGUGUAUAAUGUUCCAAGCUUUCAAGGAUCCAGGUCUUUGCAUGUUUUACAGCUGGUAGUUCACAUCUUAAUAUGGCUGUUAUGCAGAAUGGCUGUUGAUUCUUAUAUCAGAGUGCUGUAAUACAAUGUUAGAAUGCCACUAAUGAAGCCUAAAGUACAUGUACACAAGUCCACUGCAUCACCUGGUAGGAAAAACUGAGGCUCUCAAGCGAAGUUGCAGCUUUGUCAGCAUCUUUGGAGUUCUGGUCAUUGUAUGUUCCAAAUACAUCUGUAUCCCAUGACAAUCUUAAUCUUAGAUCUCAACUAGUACCUUAAAUCCUGAACAAAUUAAACAGUAUGACUUUACAUGCAAUUUGAAAACAUCAUUCAUUAGAUUUUAAAGAUUAAAAUGUUACACAGAAAACCGAAAUUAUUAAAAUCGUGAGUUUUGGUGCACAUAACAAACACCCCAAUGCAAUGAAUCUGUUUGAAAUUUAUAACAGAAUGCAUUGUUGUGAGGAUAACCCCUGAGGGGAAUCUUCAUCACAAGUGGACAAU